CAGCGGAAUCAGUUCCGGGUGCGGGCGGUGCGGGAGCGGGCGGGAAGCGGCGCUGGGAGCGGGCCGGGCCGGCCGGGAUCCGCCAUGUGAGAGCCCCGGACAGCCCCAGCAUGUAACAUAAUAGGAAAAAAGUCUACUAGUAUAUUGUGAUACAUUGGAUAUGCUUCCUGCAUCUGAAGUCAAUGGAUGAUGUUGAGAUCUGUUUGUUCAAUUGGAAAAGCAGAUUACUCUUUACAUCUGUAGAAAUGGACAGCAGCAGUUUCAUUCAGUUUGAUGUGCCGGAGUACAGCAACACUGUUCUGAGCCAGUUAAAUGAGCUGCGCUUGCAAGGGAAACUCUGUGAUAUAAUUGUGCACAUCCAGGGUCAGCCGUUCCGUGCCCACAAAGCUGUCUUAGCUGCCAGUUCUCCGUAUUUCCGUGACCAUUCAGCAUUAAGCACCAUGAGUGGCCUGUCUAUAUCAGUUAUUAAAAACCCCAAUGUUUUUGAACAGUUGCUUUCUUUUUGUUACACUGGAAGGAUGUCCUUGCAACUGAAGGACGUUGUCAGUUUUCUGACUGCAGCUAGCUUCCUACAGAUGCAGUGCGUCAUUGACAAGUGCACACAGAUACUGGAGAGUAUUCAUUCAAAGAUCAGUGUUGGUGAUGUUGAUUCUGUUACUGUUGGUGCCGAAGAAAAUUCAGAGAAUCGCAAUGGCGUUAAAGACAGCAGCUACUUUGCCAACCCUAUUGAGAUAUCUCCUCCCUAUUGCUCUCAGGUGCGACAGUCAACAGCAGGCAGCGAUCUUCGGAUGGAAACUACUCCAGGCAAAGCUCUUCGUAGUCGUCUGCAAGAAGAAGGGCAUUCAGACCGAGGGAGCAGUGGGAGUAUCUCUGAAUAUGAGAUUCAGAUUGAAGGUGAUCAUGAGCCAGGAGACCUGAUAGUAAGGGAAAGUCAGAUUGCAGAGGUGAAAGUUAAAAUGGAAAAGUCUGACAGGCCAAGCUGCUCUGAUAGCUCUUCCCUUGGUGAUGAUGGAUAUCACACUGAAAUGGUGGAUGGAGAGCAGGUGGUGGCGGUAAACGUUGGUUCCUAUGGGUCUGUCUUACAACAUGUUUAUUCAUUUACUCAUGCCUCAUCACAGGCUACAGGUGCGUCAGAAACCUUUGGAAGCAUGAGCAAUACAAGUCCUUCAAGGUCAAUGCUGAGCUGUUUCAGAGGGGGCCGUGCACGCCAAAAGCGAGUACCUACAGGUCACUUGCAUAGUGAUGUCCAGGGCUUGGUGCAAGGGGCUGACAGUGAAUCCAUGGUGAGUAAUCCAGGAUAUGAAAAUAGUCCACGGGAAAGAAAUGCAAGAGGUCAUUGGUAUCCAUACAAUGAGAGGCUAAUUUGUAUUUACUGUGGCAAGUCUUUCAACCAGAAAGGGAGCCUUGAUCGACACAUGCGAUUGCACAUGGGAAUAACUCCUUUUGUGUGCAAGUUUUGUGGGAAGAAAUAUACCCGUAAGGACCAACUUGAGUAUCAUAUUCGUGGUCACACAGAUGACAAACCCUUUCGCUGCGAGAUCUGUGGAAAAUGUUUUCCUUUCCAGGGUACACUAAACCAGCACUUGCGAAAAAAUCACCCGGGGGUUACAGAAGUGAGAAACAGGGUUGAGUCUCCAGACAGAACAGAAGCAUUUGUGGAACAGAAAGUAGAUAAUGAUGCUUCAGCUUCUGAAGCCAUGGAUUCUAGUAUGGAAAUUCAUGCAAUGUCUAACGCAUCUGAUUAAAAUCUUACAUCUAAGUGAAACACAGACAAGCACAUUACUAAUGUAUUUUUAAAGUAUUUUAUUCUUUUAGUAAUCUUCAGUACAAGUAUAACAGCCUUUUAAUUUUCCCGACCUUCUGGAAAUCAGUUAGAAACCGUUUCUGGAGAAGACUUCAGAAGUAUUUGUUUUUGAAGGAGGCUGAAUUGUUUGGGGUUUGUUUUUUUAUAUUUGAAGAUGCUCAGAAUAUAAAGACAGUGUACUGGGGAAAGGCUAGGAAGAGUCUGGUGAAGUGUCCCUGCUGAUUGAUCUGGUGAGACGCAAAUGCCAGUGGAGAAAGAUAUUAGAAUAAGAUUGGCAGCUCUGCUGAAUGCUCAAAGAAGCUGUAAUUUACUUUAUUUCUUAAAUCUUUUGCUGGUAAUGAGUUACACAGCAGUUGGGAGAGUGAAUAUUACAGCUUUGAUUCCUCUCCUGUCACAAUGAAAUCUGUUCACUCUUACUAACUGGUUUUGGUAGUGAGACUGUUUAUAUAUAUAAAUUUGCUUUAUAUAUAUAAAAUGCUUUCACUUUCCCUGUUCUGUGUCAAGGCUAAUACCAUAUGCCACUCUAUCAACGGUUAGGACUCCUCUCUGCUUAGGGUUUAGCACUUCGGACUUUGGGAGGAUGAUUUUGGUUUUAAACAAAUGUUGUUUGGUUUUCAUUUUAUUAAACUAUUACUUUGUGUGCAAAAGUGAGCAAAGUGAAUUACCUUGUUUUAAUAGCUUUGCUUUAUAACAUAUGUAAACCAAAUGCCAUAAAUCUAUUAAACUAUGGUUAAAUUGUUGAAAGGUUUUGUUAGUUGUCUAGAAUGCAAGCUGGACAACCUGUGGUGCUGACCUUUUUAUAUAUAUAGAGAUAGAUAUAUCUAUAUAUAUAUAGAUAUACACAUAUAUAUAUAUAUCUAUAUAUUAAAAAAAAUAUUAGCAAACUUAAAAGUAGCAUUGUGGUCUAAAAUGUGUUUUUACUGGCCUCAGAAUCUACCUUCAUUUUGUACUGUAGAACCAUACCAGGUAAUUAAACUUAACUUCAUCACUCUUCAUGGUUGGUUAAAACAUGAGAGAGAUGUAGUUUAAACCACAGUAUUUCCAAACAGUAUUUUAAUAGGUCUCUUCACAGAGAGCUGUUUUCAGGUGCACAUUGGCUUCCUACUUAAAUCUCCGAGUGACAUGCCAGCACUUGGAAUUUGUACGUUUUUUGUAUAGAAAAACAAAUACUUUAUGGGAAUUUUGAGCAAUAUGUUAUUUCAUGUGUGAGUAUUACAGAGUUGCUAUGGCUUCUCUGUUUUUUCAGUGCUUUUUUUCUCUAGAAAGGAGCUACCAACAACUUUAAAAAUACUCUAAAUCUUUUUUGUUUUACCAAAUAUGUGUUUUUAAUAUGGUGCUAACUUCAUAAUUUAGGUCAGUAUAAUAUAUAACAUGUGAAACAUAAUGGUCAAGGAAAAAAAAUCCCCAAAAACAGACAAACAAAAGCCCCACUACACAAACCAACUCCCUCGAAAUCCCAACCAAACAGAAAAAAAAAAAGGAAAAAAAAAAAGGAAAAAAAAAAGGUAAAAAAAAACCAACAAUCCCAUACCACAAAAAACCAAUGGCUUAAAAGACCUCAAAAGCAUGGGCUGGCAAACACUACUGUUUAACAUUCUACCUGAUGAACAGAAUUAGUUAUUAAACUAAUCACAUACUUCUUUAAAAUACAGGUUUUAUAUUAUUGGGUCUUAUGUUUGUUUAGCUGAUACUGAAAAUACAUUUGUGAACGUGCUGUUUAACUCCCAAAAAUUAGAAAAUAAUUUCUAAAUUACUGGAAAGAAAAAGGUAGGUUUGCUAUCUUGUAAAACUUUUUGGCCUCUGUGAAGCUGGGGCGUAUUUGUGCAGUUGCUUUAUUAAAUACAGUAAUUCUUAAUAUUGUGACACUCUGCAAUAAGAAUUAAUCUCUCAAAAAUGGAUUUACAGUAUAACUGCCACCUGCUCCAUUGGAGCAGUUUCAGUUAAAUUAAGUACAUCAUUUGCCUCUUUGUCCUAAAACUGCCUAAAUAAAGAGGCAGGGGGUGGGGAGAUGUUUCUCUCCUUGAAGCAACAACAGAAAUUUUGUUUCCAGUAAGGGAAGGGAUAGUCUGUGUCUAAGGCAGGUAGUCUGUAUGUUUACCCACCUAAAAACAUGGUGUUUCUGAUACAGUUUUUUCCUUGAGUGUUUGUUUUAAGUAAUUAAAUGCAAAAAGUGUGUUUGGUAAAUUAAUUUUGAGACAUGCAAAAUCCAAGAAAUGUACAGUUAUUCUUAACCCUUUAUCUUGAACCAGUGCUGUGGUGCCUUUGGUGUGACUUUUUCCCUGGAAGGAUGACUUGAGGAUAACAGGAUAUGGGUACAAAUUUAUAUUUCUUGAAUUUCUCUGUGUCACAAUCUUAGCAUUAUUUAAAUCUAGUUCUUUGUAUUUGUAAUUGUAUUAAAAUGGUUUGAGUUUACCAAAGAGUGACUUAUCCAAAAUUGUCUCAGACAAAAGCAAACAAGAAAACAACAUCGUGUUGAUUGUACAGGUUCAGGUUCAAAACAUUGUAACAGACUGUUAAGGGGCAGGAAAUGAUCCAUUUUUCUCUAGCCCAUGACCCAGCAGUGUGGGGCAGCGCUCUUGCCUCCAAGCCAUAGUGCAGCUCUGUGGGGCAGCAGCGCCUGGGCUCGGGCGGCGCCCCGUGCGCAGUUCUGCUGGACACUGCCGGCACCCCUGGCAGCAGCAGUGCCACUGUGCCUUGUCACAUAGCGGGCUGCCAGGACCAGCACUGUCACCGACGCCGGGCAUGACCCGAUGGACUUUAUGUCACCAGCCCACCAAGCAGGAGCCCGUGACUUUAGCAAAGGGUGGAAACACUGUACAGUGUCGCGUGUCUGUGCAGUUCUCAGCACAGAGCUGUUACACAUUUCAUUUACAAUAAAUGCAGAACUCAAUAGAAUAUGUGAAGAAAUAUUUGACAGCAAAAUAAGUAGUGAAAUUAUACAGGCUGGUUCAUAAUUGAGUCUCUUCUUAAUCUACCUUUUUAAUUCUAGACAAAUGUGAAAACAGUGACAGUGUCCUUUCCUCUAGAUGCUUAACCUAUUCUGACAAACUGUGAAAAUAAAGGAUUUUAUACCUUUUCUAAUGUUUCUGGUUUAAAACUAUUAUUUUAGUUUUCUUAUCAGUUAUCUUCCAUAUUACUUCUUUUAAACUUGUAAAUACAUUUAGAAAAUAACUUUGUAAAUACUUACAGGUUAUUAAAAGUUCUGUUUGGUCACUAAGGCCUCAAGAUCGGCUCUGCUUUUUGAGUGUGAAAUCUUUCUGUAGCAUAAAGGAUACUGUCAGUUCACUGUCAGCAGGGUAGACUGUAGGCCUAAAUUUAGAGUUUUAAUGCAGUCUUCCCCAGCAUAAAUUCAUGUUUUAUGCUGAAGCCUUUGGUUUAGUUUAGACAAAACAAUGAGGCCUCUUAAUAUGUUUAGGCUGAAUUAUGGGAAGAACAACAGGAAUAAAAUCAAGGGCUGGGAAAAUAUUGAAUAAGCUUUACUGUUAAAUAUAUAUAUAUUAUUUUAAUUUUUGUAUUAGUUUACUGUGAUUCUUUUAUUAUCAUUUUUCUAAACAGGUUUUACAUGAAACCAUUGAAAGGGACUCAAAUAUGCAACACCUAAUCUAUUUUCCAAGGGAAUUUUACCCUUGAAUGGUGCUUUUUGACUGGUCAGGGUUAUUUAUUAAAUUUUAUAUUUGAAAGUAUUUGGGGAAUUAUGUAAAUUCUUUAUAUGAAUCUGUUUAUUUCAUGAAUUGUAAAUUUCAUAAUGCUCAGUGAUCAAAUUGGAAGUUUAGUAAAGUCAUUCAAAAUGUUCAAACUUUAUAAUCUGUGUGCAUUUUACAUAUGUUUUAUCAAGUGCCAGAAUACUUGUAUUUAAUAUUGUAGAUUUAAUACUACUUGCACAUCCCUGUGGCAGCAUUAAGUUACACAAGUUUACAUUAAAAAAAAAAAAAAAAAGCUAAACAAAUAAGUAAGCCUGGGACAUGUGUUCCUGUAUUUCUUCAGGGGAUGUGAAGCCACGUAUCACUGACUGGGCAGGUUUGCUUCCUGCUUCUGUAGCUCACUCCUGCGAUGGCAGAUACAGAACUGCUGACUCCCAUUCCCACAGGCCAGGGAUUCAGCCUUUGAACUCAGCCUGAGAACCUCUGGUUGUAGAUCUGGUUAGAGGUAGAGCUCUUGCACGAUUUUAACAGUGUUUGUUUCUGACUGAAAAUUUGUAUUUUUAAAUAAAUUUUAUUUGUAUGGUUAUUUUUCAAGAUAAAUAAUUGAACAGUUUGAAUGACUUGACUUGGUGUCAUUGUCUUGCAAUAUAAACCGGGAACCUCACACCUCUGCACUUCAUCGCCACAUGAAGUAAAUGAAGCUAGCUAAGCUGAUGCUGUAAGAAUUAGUAACUUGCCAUUAAGGAUUAUUUUACAGCAUGAACUUUAAACUAUUUAUUCAAAUGAUAUUUUACUCUUGUAUUCACUUUGUUUUUAGAUUUGUGACAUGAAUAUUUCUGUGCUGCUUUAUUUGGUUCUGAUGAAUUUGUUUCUUGCUUGUAAAUUGCCUUUUUUAUGGUAUAAAGUCAAUCGGAAUUGCUGUUUGUAAAUUAAAAUGCUUCUAGAGCAAA